AGCCUGCAGCGUUAUUCACUUGUCACCAUGUUCAUGAAGACAGGCUUUCUCUCACUACUGACAUUAGCAUCCGCUGUGUCAGUUCCACAGACUGACUAUGAUGUUAUUAUCGUUGGUGGAGGUCCCGCGGGUCUUUCUGCUCUCAGUGGUGUCUCCCGUGUCCAACGCACUGCUCUGUUGUUCGACAACCAACAGUACCGAAAUGCUCCAACUCGAGAGAUGCACGAUGUGAUUGGCAAUGAUGGCACUCCUCCUGCUACUUUCCGAGGCUUGGCUAGAGAGCAGAUUUCCAAGUACGAUACUGCUCACUUCAAGAACCAGACAGUGGAGUCUAUUAUCCCCUUGGAUGGAGAUUUCUCAGCAUUCAUCGUGACCGAUGAUACCGGUUCGAAUUUCACGGCGCGGAAAAUCGUGCUUGGUACUGGCUUGAAGGACUUGCUCCCUUCGACGCCCGGCCUGCAAGAUGCAUUUGGCAAGGGAAUCUUCUGGUGCCCGUGGUGUGAUGGCCAUGAGCACCGUGACCAGUCUUUUGGCAUUGUUGCUAGCGUUGAGAAUGUUCUUGGGGCAGUUCUCGAAGUCCACACGCUGAAUAAUGACAUUAUAGCAUUCACUAACGGUACCCGUACCCCCGCAAAUGAGGCUAAAGCCGAAGCCAAGUCCCAAGACUGGAACAAGCAACUGGAAGCCUGGAAUGUCACCAUCGACGACCGCACUAUCUCCUCUUUCGAGCGUACCCAGGAUGGUAGCGUAAACCGUGACGAACAGGGAAAACAGUACGAUAUGUUUCUCAUUCGUUUCACGGAGGGUGAUCCUGUCGAGCGCAACGCCUUCCUUGUUGACUUCCCCACCAACCAGACCUCCACUCUCCCAUACGAGAUGGGACUAGAGAUUGAUAAUAGCAAAAUCAAGGUGGCUAGCUCGAUGAGAACUAACGAAACUGGGGUUUUCGCUAUUGGCGACGCCAACUCCGAUGGUUCCACGAACGUUCCUCAUGCUAUGUUCAGUGGCAAGCGUGCUGCUGUUUACAUUCAUGUUGAAAUGUCUCGUGAGGAGUCCAAGUCCAAGAUCUCCAAGCGCGAGGGUAAUAUUUCUCUGCGCGACCUUGAGAAGGAGGCUAACAGUGCGAUUGGAGAUAAUCUUGAACGUGAAUGGAGACGCGCUCUAAUCCAAGAAUAA